CCCCUCCCCGGGCUCCACGGUACCGCAUUGGCAUCAGUAGAGGCACCUGAACUCCUGGGGAAAGCUGCCUGCCACCUUAUAGCUACCCCCUAAAAUAAAGAACCCACAGCACAGUCCCCGCAGGAACCUGUGGCUUGACUUUUUUUUUUCUUUUUCUUUUUUCUUUUUUUGGUCGUGCGUAAAGCUUUUGCGCACAGCGCCUCGGAGACUGAAAAGGUGCGCUUACACUCGUCGAGCUGUCAGAUCGCAGCGCCAGGAUGCAGAAACGGAGCAGCGACGUCUGAAGGUGACAUGAACCUGGGGAUAGUCAAGAGCAUCAGCCGCACACACAACAAGAAGUGGAGAUAGCAACUGAAAACCGAAGUGUCUUGAAGCCAAACUUGCGCUUUUCCCUUUGGCUUUAUCUCAUGCUGAGAAUAAGGAUCUGCAGAACACAGUAGCCUCAUUUUUCAUUGAGUGGGGGGAAAAAGGAAGAAAAAAACAUCUAAUUAGUCAGUGGACAGUUUUGAGUCAACAGAGGAGGAAAAAUGGCGACGUUAAUAAGAGGCAAGAUAUCUAAUAAACUGUCAAACGCAGCCACGGCUGUGUCCAACAAAUCCACGGCAAAGGUGAGCGGGAUGUUCGCCAGGAUGGGCUUCCAGGCCGCCACGGACGAUGAGGCUCUGGGCUUUGCCUCCUGCGACGACCUGGAUUACGACCACCGUCAGGGCAUGCAGAUGGACAUUCUGUCCUCCGACGAGAUCGGAGGAGAGGGUGGCGGAGACGGCGACGGGCUGGAGGGGGACAGCCACUACCAGAGAGACGGCACCGGUCCGCCGCACUCUGCCUCCAAGGACGGGGGCUCGAACAACGAGUUGUCCGAAGUUAAACCAAAAAUCACCGCCUGGGAAGCGGGCUGGAACGUCACGAACGCAAUCCAGGGGAUGUUCGUUCUGGGCUUGCCCUACGCCAUCCUGCAUGGAGGAUACCUCGGACUCUUUCUCAUUAUUUUCGCCGCCGUGGUGUGCUGCUACACGGGGAAAAUCCUCAUCGCCUGCCUGUACGAAGAAGACGAAGACGGGCAGCUCGUCCGUGUGAGGGACUCCUAUGUGGACAUUGCCAACGCCUGCUGCGCGCCCAGGUUCCCAACGCUGGGCGGUCACGUCGUGAAUGUAGCUCAGAUCAUAGAGCUGGUGAUGACCUGUAUCCUGUACGUGGUCGUCAGCGGGAAUCUCAUGUACAACAGCUUCCCCAACAUGCCCAUCUCCCAAAAGUCGUGGGCCAUCAUCGCCACCGCCGCUCUGCUCCCCUGCGCCUUCCUCAAGAACCUGAAAGCCGUCUCCAAGUUCAGCUUGUUGUGCACGCUGGCGCAUUUCGUCAUCAACGUCCUGGUGAUCGCCUACUGCCUGUCCAGGGCGAGGGACUGGGCCUGGGACAAGGUCAAGUUUUACAUCGAUGUCAAGAAGUUCCCCAUCUCCAUUGGGAUUAUCGUGUUCAGCUACACCUCGCAGAUCUUUCUGCCGUCCCUGGAGGGGAACAUGCAUAAACCCAGCGAGUUCCACUGCAUGAUGAAAUGGACUCACAUCGCUGCCUGUAUCCUCAAGGGCCUGUUCGCCCUGGUGGCCUACCUGACCUGGGCAGACGAAACCAAGGAGGUGAUCACAGACAACCUACCACCAACUAUCCGAGCCGUGGUCAACCUCUUCCUGGUGGCCAAAGCUUUGCUGUCCUACCCGCUGCCCUUUUUCGCCGCCGUGGAGGUGUUGGAGAAAACCUUCUUCCAGGACGGGGGCCGCGCCUUCUUUCCGGACUGCUACGGAGGCGAUGGACGCCUAAAGUCCUGGGGACUGACUCUCCGAUGUACACUAGUGGUGUUCACCUUGCUCAUGGCGAUCUAUGUGCCGCACUUCGCCCUGCUCAUGGGCCUCACCGGCAGCCUGACGGGCGCCGGGCUCUGCUUUCUGCUUCCCAGCAUCUUCCACCUCAAGCUCUUAUGGAGAAAGCUUCAGUGGCACCAGGUGUUCUUUGACGUCUCCAUCUUUGUAAUAGGCGGUAUAUGCAGCAUAUCCGGUUUCAUCCACUCCAUGGAGGGGCUCAUAGAGGCUUUCAAAUAUAACAUAGAAGAAUAGAGACGAGUCAUUGGAGGACGGAUGCAUCUCAAUAAAUGAGAAUAGAAUCAUAAAGCAAUUUUUUUUUUUUACUAAUUCCGUUUAAAAAGUGAAACUCUUAUAUUCAUACAGUGGCACAUUUUCAAAGUUUAUUUUCUAGUAAUUUUGYCUAUACAAAAUGAACUCCCCAAAUUUAGUUUCUUUAAGAAGGRAAAUAUUCCAUAGACCAAUAAAAAGAUCAGUUUUGAUACAAAUAUGUGAUAUUAUCACCAUAGCAGUUUUCCAAGUCAAGGGCGAKAACUUGAAAACUGUUCAUUAGACAGACAGUCACUGGCAACCUGAGCAAGAAGAGCAACCCAGAACAAGUUCAUUACUAAAGAAGCCGGUUGUUCASAAGGUGCUGUUUGAAGGUGGAAAGUUGAGUGGAAGGAAAAACUGUAGAAGGAAAAAAAAGAAUUAGAGAAAAUACCCAGUUGCUUGAGCACUUUAAAUGGUCAUCUCCUGGAUGAGUCAGAAUCUAGGUGKUGUGUUUUAUCAAGUCCAGAUGACUUGAUAAAACCAUCUACCAGGAAAGCUUAGAUAAUCUCAUGCUUCACUUUAUUGACCAUGGUGUCACUAUGCUUGAGUGGCCUGCAGACUCUCCUGAGCUAAACGCCUUUGAGAAUAUUUGUGGUUUAAAAUCCCUUUUUUCAUCUGGUCCUAUUAAUAUUCUAACUUUCUCAAAAACUGAAUGUGAGGUUUCCAUUUACUGUAAACCUUAUAGACGCAGUAGACGCUUGAAACAGCGACGUCUCGCCGCCUGUAAUGAAUCUAUAAAAUACGUUUSACUUUUAUUUUUGCUGAAAUAAAUUGGUUUUUCGGUUAUAUUUUUGUUUAUUGAGAUGCACCCGUGCUCGUUGACUGCAAAUUCCCAUUUAGUGAAAACAUUAAAAACACACAAGCACUAAGCGGCGUGCGCUCCUUCCCCCUCUGCUUGAUUCAUGCGUAAAAGCGCGCACUGAGCGCACACACACACACACACACACACACACACACACACACAUUUGCGCACUAUCUCUCAUGUAUUUUACACACACUAAGCAGCGAGGGAGUCUAACGCGUCCGCCCAGUCGAUACGUGUUGUAUACAUAUGCGAACAAAAGAAACACAGACAUAUUUUCCAGUGGAGUGAACGUUUACAACAUUGACCUUAAGAAAAGUUGCAAAAAGAGGGCAGACGCUCGUGUCGCUCUUGCGGUGCUUCUUCCCCACAACGAUCGAGUUUGAGAGGCUUAGAGAAAGGAAGAAAAGUGAUUAAAUUUAGUUUAUUCUGCAACGUGACUGCAGGGGCUGACUGUGGUGUUAAAGCCCAAAACAAGCCCGAGGGGGGGAAUAAAAAGGGGGGCAAAAUAUAUUUUAAAAAAAACGCAAUAAUCCGAUUUUUUUCUGUAUCAAAGCCGAACAACGUUUUUGUUUUAUUUUAAUAAAAACAAUCUGGAUAUCCCUAAUAAUAAAAGCUGGCGGUGUUAAAACAUCAAAUAGAAGAGAGCAACUGUACAAACUAUGCAUUGAAUGUAUGAUACAGGCUACAGAAAAUGGGACAUAGAUACAAAUAAAAGUGUUCUGGUUCAGUGGCGUGGACGUGUUGAUGCUUUGACAGGCCUUUUCCCCUCCACAAGACUCCUCAUUUUUGUUUCUGAGCUUUAUCAACACGCAAUAACAAAGUCCCAUCUAAACUUCCCCUUAACCUCCCUCCCCCCAAACCUCUCCAUCCAGCCCCGUUUUCUCUCAACCUGGGAGCUCCGAACUGAAACUGCACACCGGAUUUAAAAAUAACGCAUCUAGAUCCACACAUGGCCUGUUUAUGAAAAUUAAUUUGAUACGCUCCAGUUUUAAAAAUUUCGAUGUCUAAAAAUAUAGAAGAAAAAAAAAUGAAAACCAUAAUUAAUACAAGUGAGAUUAUCAAAGAGGAAAAUGUGCAUACAUUUUUCAUUCUGUGCAAUCCAAUGGGUCCUGUGGAAAUGUUAUUUWAAAAAAAAACCGUAUGUGUAGUGUGUUAUUGUGGUUUCAAAAAGAUGGAAUGUAUAUCUCAAAAGUGGUGAUCAUAUAUCGUGAAAUUAAUAUUAAAGAAUAAAGAAAUAAGUGAAAUUA